UUUACGGUUACAAAUAAAGGUUGGAAUAACAGCAUCUAAUCCCACAGGAAUUCUCUGGGAGACUCUCAUUCUCAAAAUCAAGAUCUCUAUUGGACAUUUCAAAGGACUGCUCACUGGGCCUUCUUUCUUCUCAGAGGACCUAAGAUAUUGUGUUUUGACUUUUAAGUCAGCCCUAGUAUACGGAUGUGGACUGCAGGUAGAAUGAGCAAUGCAAAGAACUUGCUUGGACUUGGUGUAUCCUUGUAUUUUUGGGGACUGAUGGACCUUACUACAACUGUAUUGUCGGGGAGUGCCAGGCCCCUCUCUGAAAGGCAAGAAGAUCACCUGUCAGACAAGCAGCACCAGCGUAUGAAGAGAAGCUGGGUAUGGAACCAGUUUUUUGUCCUGGAGGAAUACACCGGGACCGACCCGCUGUACGUCGGCAAGCUCCAUUCUGACAUGGAUAGAGGAGACGGUUCGAUCAAAUACAUCCUGUCAGGAGAAGGAGCUGGCAUUGUAUUUACUAUUGAUGAUACCACAGGAGACAUUCAUGCUAUUCAGAGGCUGGACAGAGAAGAAAGGUCCCAAUAUACCCUGAGGGCACAGGCUCUGGACAGGCGAACAGGCAGACCAAUGGAACCAGAGUCAGAGUUCAUCAUUAAAAUACAAGACAUCAAUGACAAUGAACCCAAGUUCCUGGAUGGACCUUAUGUAGCCUCUGUUCCAGAAAUGUCACCUGUGGGCACUUCUGUUAUCCAGGUGACAGCUACAGAUGCUGAUGAUCCAACUUACGGGAAUAGCGCAAGAGUAGUCUACAGUAUUCUCCAAGGACAACCGUAUUUCUCUGUGGACUCUCGGACGGGCUUAAUUAGGACAGCACUGAUGAACAUGGAUAGAGAAGCAAAAGAAUAUUAUGAAGUGAUUAUUCAGGCCAAGGAUAUGGGCGGACAGCUGGGAGGAUUAGCUGGAACAACCACAGUCAACAUCACCCUGUCUGAUGUCAAUGACAAUCCACCUAGAUUUCCACAGAAGCACUACCAGAUGAGCGUGCUGGAGUCCGCUCCCGUCAGCUCAACCGUGGGCCGCGUGGUCGCUAAAGACCUGGAUGAAGGCAUUAACGCGGAGAUGAAAUACAGCCUUGUGGAUGGAGACGGACUGGACGUCUUUGAUAUUAACACCGAUCCUAAUUACCAAGUUGGCAUCAUAACUGUGAGAAAGCCUUUAAGUUUUGAGAGCAAGAAAAGCUAUACUUUGAAAGUAGAGGGUGCUAACUCCCAUCUGGAAAUGCGGUUCUUGAACCUGGGUCCUUUCCGAGAUACCACCACCGUCCAUAUCAGUGUUGAAGAUGUUGACGAACCCCCCGUGUUUGAGCCCAGCUUUUAUUUUGUGGAAGUGCCUGAGGAUGUGGAGAUUGGGACCACCAUACAGAUAAUUUCUGCCAAGGACCCAGAUGUAAUCAACAACUCAAUCAGAUACUCAAUCGACAGGAGCAGCGAUCCAGGGCGUUUCUUUUAUGUCGACAUUACAUCAGGAGCACUGAUGACUGCAAGACCUCUUGACCGGGAGGACGUUUCUUGGCACAAUAUCACUGUGCUGGCCAUGGAGCUGAACAAUCCCUCACAGGUGGGCAGUGUCUCAGUGACAGUGAAAGUCCUAGACGUGAACGACAACGCACCAGAGUUUGCAAGGUUCUACGAAGCUUUUGUUUGUGAAAACGCCAAAGCCGGCCAGCUGAUUCAGACAGUGAGCGCCAUCGACCGGGAUGACCCACAGGAGGGUCAGCACUUCUACUACAGCCUGGCUCCUGAGGCAGCCAACAACCCCAACUUUACUCUAAGGGACAAUCAAGACAAUACAGCGUGGAUUUUAACAAGGCGAUCUGGCUUCAGACAGCACGAACAGAACACAUUUUACCUACCCAUCUUGAUUAGCGACAACGGCCGCCCCAUGCUGAGCAGUACGGGCACCCUAACUGUGCACGUGUGCAGCUGUGAUGACGAUGGCAUGGUGAUGUCCUGCACUGCUGAAGCCUACGUCCUCCCUGUCAGCCUGAGCAGAGGGGCACUCAUUGCAAUCCUUGCCUGCAUCUUUGUCCUGUUAGUGCUGGUGCUCCUCAUCCUCUCCAUGAGGCGGCACCGGAAGCAGCCAUACGUCAUCGACGAGGAGGAGAAUAUCCACGAGAACAUCGUCAGGUAUGACGACGAAGGUGGUGGGGAAGAGGACACGGAGGCCUUUGAUAUCGCUGCCAUGUGGAACCCACGGGAAGCCCAGCUUGUGGUGAAAAACAGGCAGGACAUGCUCCCUGAAAUAGAGAGCCUCUCCAGAUACGUGCCUCAAACAUGCGUGAUGGACAACAACGUCCACAACUACGUGCUCGCCAAGCUGUACGAAGCUGACAUGGACCUCUGGGCUCCUCCCUUCGACUCCCUUCAGACGUACAUGUUCGAAGGGAACGGCUCAGUGGCAGAGUCGCUCAGUUCCCUACAGUCAGUCACAACAGACUCAGACCAGAGCUACGACUACCUGACAGACUGGGGGCCACGCUUUAAAAAGCUGGCUGAAAUGUACGGGGCCACAGACAGCAGCGGGGCUCUGUGGUAACGAACAAGGAAUUACAGAGAGGUUUCUACGUGAAACAAUGCCCGAUUAGGUCCAUUCUCAUCAGAUGCUUCCAUGGACGUUGGUGAGGCCUCCUAAAAUAGCAAUACGGUGCUUGAAUGAGAAUGGGAAGAAGGGUGUGAAUGAAGGUCUCUGUGGAUCAGCUUUACUCAGUUAAAUUAAGUCACAUUUUGAAACAAGGAGAAACAAAAGGAAGAACAUUUUUCUUGUUUUGCAGCAAAAUUUGGAAGCUCCGCUCCCGGAAUAUAAUGACAUUGUUCUCUCUCUUUCUCUCUCUCUCUCUCUCACUCUUUUUCUCUCUCUCUUUCUCUCUCUUUUAUACGUGGCAGCUUACUGAGUUCUAUACAUCUGGGUACAAAGAUCUGUAAACUCCAAUUGUAAUCUCCAACUCACUGAGAAAUUGCCAGCACAAAAAAGUGGUUCCCAACUAGUUACUUUUGCCCUAUUUAAAAGAAAAAAAACCUUGUUUGAUAACAAAAGAGAGAAAACACAAAGUGGAAAAUUGAAACUGGAAUCUGAGAGGGCUCUUUGUAAACUAAACUUCCUCUGUGCUAACAGAGUCCUUUUUUAAUCCUUUAGAAACAAGGCUGAGUUUUUUUCCACCUGGCUGAGAGGGCCGGGGAAGAGGCUUUGAAUUUCUGCUCUAGUUUAAAGGCUGAUCUAUGAGUCAUUGACGUUAACACUAAUCCAUCUCCUAUCAAGUUAGUGUAAAUUUAUUCUCCCCUCAGCUCUUUAAAACCAUGACACUGCUAAACUGCUCAGAACAAAACCAGAAAAUCUGCCUCUUUUGCACUGUAGAUGUCUCUUCCACGUGCCAAAUGUGAAGAUUAGAUUCUACCAAUGAAAGCCAAAUAAAAUUAAAAAAAGAAAAAGCUAUAUUUGGUAACUACAUGGGUUAGAUGGGCUUUCCUAAUCUGUGUAAGGUCAAUCCAAGGGAUGUUUACAUACUGUAGAUAACCUACUUGAACAAAUGCAGUAUUAUAGACCAAUAAAUGGAUGUAAGAAAAUUACAUGUAUAAGUUUUGUAUAUUUGUUAAUUUUGGUAAUAAAUAUGGUGUACUGCAUACAGUACAGUACCUUAGCAC